GCCUCUGUGCUCCGUUCAGCCCUGAGCAGAGUAAACGGAGGUCGAUGGUCGGGACCACUUGCUGGAUGGCACCCGAGGUGGUGAGAAGAGAGCCAUACGGCCCCAAAGUGGACAUCUGGUCCCUUGGCAUCGUGGGAAUAGAAAUGGCCAAAGGAGAGGCUCCUUAUAUUCGGGAAACCAGUGAGAGGGCUAACUACCUGAUAGGCAAGCAAGGCGUACCAGACCUGCACAAGCUCAGGCUGCCCUCUGGCUUGUGUGAAUUUCUGGGCUGCUGCCUGCAGAUGGAUGUGGACAGGCGAGGCUCUGCCAAGGAACUUCUGCAGGUACAAGGCAAAGCGGCUGCAGCCCAAAGAGCUGUUCCCUGUCAGGGUUUGUUCCUCGGCCAAACUCCAGGGCUUCCGAUGCCCCCCCCCACAUAG